UAAUUAAUUAAUUAGAUCGACCCUCGGUUCUCUAUAUCCCCACCGCACUAAGCACCUCCGUCACCGUGUUUCUAAAUUAAUCACAUCUUCCUCUACAGAUUUUUUCUUUUCUGUAAUUUUCUAAAAGAAGAUAAUAAUUAUUAACGACAACAACAGCUGAACAAAAUCCCAAUCGAUCCAGGCUUUCAAUUCCACCACAUUCCCAAUUCCAAGGGGAUUUGAUGGGAGUAUUUGAUUGAUUUGUUUUUAAUCAAGAUAUAUGGCUUGGUUUAGCGGGAAGGUAAACUUAGGGAACUUCCCGGAUCUUGCUGGGGCGGUCAAUAAGCUCAGUGAGAGUGUCAAAAAUAUCGAAAAGAAUUUCGACAGUGCUCUUGGUUUGGAAGAGAAAUCUGAUUCUACUAGCAAUGAAGCUUCAGGAUUAUGGCCUGUUAUGUCCUUUAUGGGGCAGAAAAGCGAUGAUAGUAACACUGAAUCUUCGGGAAAGACUGGAUCACCAGAGAAAUUGUCUACUGUUGAGGAAAGUGACAUACCCAAGUCUAUCACUUCACAGCCUACAGAUAGAGAAGAAAACAAAUCGUCUAUAAGUGAAAAAAAAGAUGAACAAUCAGUGAUUAUAGAAGAAAAAGAUAGUGUGGUUUCUGACCCAGUUAAAACUGAAUCUGAAAUUAUUGAGUCUGCGCCUUUUGAAACUCCUGAAUCUGUUGUUCAUGAUGUUAAGACUCUGGAUUCAGCUGAAAUUUCACAGGAGAAAGAGAUCCCCGAAGUGGGGCCUUCUGAAGUUUCAGAGGCAGCAGAAGUCAUAUCUGGAGCUGUCAAAGCAGAUCAGCUUGAGAAUGAUACUGUUAUGCAUGAUGAGUCACUAAGAGUGGUUGAUGGGCAUGAGAGCACUGAUGAGCGUAAGACACAAACAGACGGGACUCUGGAAGAAGGUUCUCCUGUUCUAGCUGAAAACUCUAGUGAUGCCCAAGCUCAGUCAUUAAAUGAUAUUCAAGCUGUAGAUGCAGUUGAUUCAUCUGGUUCACCAGUAAGUGCAGAAGAGACAGAGAUCUCUCUUCCCUCUGUCAAGGCUUCAGAGGUGGUUCCUGAAUCAGUUUCACGUGAAAAUGAAGGAAGUGAACUGAUGGUGGAAGAGGAAAAACAAGUCAAUGACACUGAAAUUGACAUUAAGGAGCUACGCUUGAGCUCAGCGUCAAGCUUGUCUGACUCCACAGAUUCAGCUAUUGAUUUAGAAAAGAUGAAGAUGGAAAUGAAAAUGAUGGAAACUGCAUUGCAAGGAGCUGCAAGGCAAGCUCAGGCAAAGGCUGAUGAUAUUGCAAAACUAAUGAAUGAAAAUGAGCAACUUAAAGGUGUUAUUGAGGAUUUGAAGAGAAAAUCCACCGAUGCAGAAGUUGAGACUUUAAGAGAGGAAUACCAUCAGAGGGUUGCAACUCUUGAAAGAAAGGUUUAUGCUCUUACAAAGGAAAGGGAUACACUCAGGAGAGAGCAGAGCAGAAAGAGUGAUGCAGCUGCUCUCCUGAAGGAAAAGGAUGAAAUUAUCAAUCAGGUUAUGGCUGAAGGAGAAGAACUUUCAAAAAAGCAGGCUGCUCAAGAAUCUACAAUUAGGAAAUUAAGAGCUCAGAUUAGAGAGUUUGAAGAAGAAAAGAAAGGCCUGAUGACCAAGCUUCAGGUGGAAGAGAAUAAGGUAGAGAGUAUAAAGAAGGACAAGACAGCUACAGAAAAGUUGCUACAAGAGACAAUGGAAAAACACCAAGCAGAAUUAGCAACACAAAAAGAAUAUUAUACAAAUGCUUUGACUGCCGCUAAGGAUGCUGAAGCAUUAGCUGAGGCGCGUGCCAAUAAUGAAGCCAGAACUGAAAUAGAGAGUCGUCUAAAAGAGGCCGAGGAGCGUGAAAGUAUGCUAGUUCAGGCACUUGAAGAAUUAAGACAAACUCUGAGUAGAAAGGAGCAGCAGGCUGUUUUUAGAGAAGACAUGCUUCGUAGGGACAUUGAAGACCUUCAAAAACGCUAUCAAGCAAGUGAGCGUCGGUGUGAGGAGUUGGUAACUCAAGUUCCUGAAUCCACAAGGCCUCUUCUAAGGCAGAUAGAAGCAAUGCAGGAAACAAUGGCUCGGAGAGCUGAAGCUUGGUCUGCUGUAGAGAGAUCUCUAAACUCUCGACUUCAGGAAGCAGAGGCCAAGGCUGCCGCUGCUGAGGAAAGGGAGCGCUCUAUCAAUGAACGUUUGUCACAGACCUUAUCUCGAAUCAAUGUUCUUGAAGCUCAGAUUUCAUGUCUUAGAGCAGAGCAGACGCAGUUAAGUAAGUCGCUUGAGAAGGAGAGACAGAGAGCAUCUGAGAAUAGGCAAGAAUACCUUGCAGCCAAGGAGGAAGCGGACACUCAUGAAGGUCGUGCAAAUCAACUAGAAGAAGAAAUUAAAGAACUCAGACAGAAGCAUAAGCAAGAGUUGCAAGAAGCAUUAAUACACAGAGAGCUUCUACAGCAGGAAAUUGAGAGGGAAAAAGCUGCUCGGUUGGAGCUGGAAAGAACAGCUCGUGUCCAUUCUACUGCAGUAUCUGAGCAAACUCGCAAUACUGGUUUUGAGAAUGGAAACUUGAGCCGGAAGCUCUCAAAUGCUAGCAGCAUGGAAGAAAGCUAUUAUCUACAAGCAUCUUUGGACACAUCUGACAGUUUCUCUGAAAGAAGAAAUCCUGGAGAGGCUUCCAUGAGCCCAUACUACAUGAAGAGCAUGACGCCUAGUACUUUUGAAUCUGCCCUUCGUCAGAAAGAGGGUGAACUUGCAUCAUACAUGUCCCGUUUGGUAUCCUUGGAAUCUAUUCGUGAUUCUCUUUCAGAGGAGUUGGUCAGAAUGACAGCAGAGUGUGAAAAGUUGCAAGCUGAAUCUGCCUUGCUGCCCGGCAUUCGAGCAGAGCUGGAUGCACUAAGAAGGAGGCAUUCUGCUGCGCUAGAGUUAAUGGGAGAGCGUGAUGAAGAGUUGGAGGAGCUUCGUGCUGAUAUUGUAGACUUGAAAGAAAUGUACAGAGAGCAAGUAAACUUGCUUGUGAAUAAGAUCCAAGUUAUGAGUUGAUCAAUGGGAAAUGCCUAAUUAGUCAGACAUGAAGGAAGUAUUUACAAAUUUGUUGUGAAGUUGAUGGUAUAGUUAUAGCACAUUUAAGUCGAUUCAUUUGAUAUUUAAUGAUUCCCUCUAUGCUCGAAUUGCUUAAAGGUUACGGGUUUGUUCAAAGUAAUGUGUUGUAUUUUAGCUUUUAUUUGUUGUAUAGAAGAAAUCCGAACAACGAAAUUUUGUUUUGUUUUCUUAUAAAGAUGAGUUGAGAAACAUUUUAUUUAUUGCUA